AUGGCCGACACCGAAAACGCUGCUUCGGCAGCCGCCAACCCCGCUGAGACGGCUAAGACUGAGAGCUCAGACGUUAAGCCCACCACGAGCACUGACGCCACCGUGAGCGACGCAAAGGCCGACGACUCCAAGGACAAGUCGGAAGCCGCUGGCGAAGAGAAGUGGGAGCUCAAUGGCAACUCCAAGGACAAGGACGAGCGUCGCGGUGGUCGCAAUGACCGCAACGGUCGCAACGACCGCUUCAACGACCGCCGUGAUGGAGGCCGUGGACGAGGCCGUGGUCGCGGUGGCUUCAACAACAACACUAAGAAGCGCAACGAGGAAUUCGACAACCUCCCCGAGACUGACGACCCUGUCGAGAUUCGCAACCAGGUCGAGUUCUACUUCUCCAACCACAACCUGGUCACUGACGAGCAUUUGUUCACCGAGCUCGGCGGUCCUCUUAACCGCCCUGUCUCCAUCAAGCAUCUGUCCGACUUCAAGCGCAUGCGUCGCUUCCGCCCGUACUCUGCCAUUGUCGAUGCGCUGCGCGAGAGCAACGACUUGAUCGUCGUAGACGACGGUGAGUACAACGGAACCGGAAAGGAGGCAGUCAAGCGCAAGGAGCCUCUUGUUUGCCCCACCGAGGAAGGCGAUGAGGAGCGCAAGCCCAGCACUCUCGAUUACUUCUACCGCCUCAAGAAAGCGUCCUCGAACAAGAUCGAGACUAGCGUCUACGUCAAGAACUUCGGCGAGCCUGAAAAGGCUGGCCAGAUUGCGAUUGAGCAGUUCUUCCGUCCCUACGGCGCAGUCAUGGUCCGCAAGCGCCGUGAUGCAGACGACAGCUGGAAGGGCAGCGUCUUCGUAGAGUUCGACUCUGAGGACUCUCAGAAGCAGUUCCUCGCCCUCGAUCCCAAGCCCAAGUUUAACGGCAACGAGCUUACUGUCAUGGGCAAGAAGGAGUACAUCAUCUGGAAGUGUGAGCAGAAGGGCAUUGAGCCUAACUUCGAGGCCAGGAGGUGGGAGUCCAACGGCAACCGCAGCAAGGGCGACACCCGUGGGCGUGGCCGAGGCCGUGGACGCGGGCGUGGACGAGGAGGAUUCGACGGCCGCGACCGUCGCGACCGCCGUGAUCGUGACCGCUCCCCCCGCCGCCGACGUGACCGCAGCGGUUCAGCUGGCUCAGUCGACAGCCGUGACUGGAACGACCGCCGCGACCGCUUCCAGAAGGGCAAGGAUGACCGCAGCAGCCGCAAAGAAGAGGACCGCAAGGAGGUCGAGCGCGAUGGUCACGGUGUGCCCGUGGUCAAGGACACCCGUGGCGAUGCCGACAAGGACGGUUCUAACAAGCGCAAGGCUGAUGGCGAUGACCGCGCCGACAGCCCCAAGAAGGGCAAGUUGGAGAUCAAGCAGGACGAGUAA